CGGAAGUGAAAGUCUGGCAGUUGUUAUAGUAACGGCGGUGUGUAUACGUUUCGGUUUUAAUAAUGAUGGGGUCAGAGCAGGGUGCCAACACUUUUCUCAUCAGACCGAAUUAUCAACACAAGUUCAGGGCGUCGGUGGUGAGGGAGUGUAUUAGAGAGAUCCUGAGAGAGAAUUUAUCAGGAGUUCAGUAUGAUCCUGAGGAAACACCGUCACUCACACGAACGCUUGCUGAAGCUAUUAAACACCAUGUUAAAGGUCUGGGUUUGGACAGAUACAAACUGGUGGUGCAGGUGAUGAUUGGAGAACAGAGAGGACAGGGUGUGAAGAUGACGUCUCGCUGUUUCUGGGAUUCGGACACUGACGGCUAUGCUAAAGAAGUUUACAUUAAUGACAGUAUGGUGUGUGUGGCUGCUGUAUUUGGAGUUUAUUAUUACUGACACAGCAGGGCUCUAUGUGAUAUCUGGCAACGCCGAGUUUAAAUGAAGUAAAUGUGCUGUGUAUGAAGAGUUGGUGAAGAGAGAGCAGCAGCGUACUGUAUGUUUACAGACUGAACAGGUCUUACUCUUGAUUAUGAUUGGUGAGGAAUUAUUUAAUAAAGAAGUUUGAAUUAAACCCA